CGCGCUGUUCCAUCUCGUGCGCUCUAUUCUCCUUCACCUCACAGGCACUUCAAUUGGGAGCACAUGGGGAGCGGACUUGCGAGACAAGAAGCAAAAGAGCUCCGACAGACCGAAUCCGUCGACCAAAGAAGCAGCGCACGAAAAUACCAGCAUGGACAUGGACACAGACGUGGAAGAUACAGUGGUAAAGACAGAGACGGCGAGAAGCAAUGCCGAUGCACAAAUCAACCAUGAGGCAGCCAUAGCAUACUGGUCCUCGCAGCCCGCCAGCGACGACGGCGUGCUCGGAGGACAUGCCGAAGUCAGCCGUGUUGAUUUGCAAGGAUCGGCCAACUUCCUCGCCAAGUUGCGUCGCACAUCGACUGAAUUUCCCCCAAGCAAAGGCAAGCUGCAGCGCGUGGCAGACACGGGUGCGGGCAUUGGACGGAUCACAAAAGGUUUUCUGAGCAACGUUGCUCUCACAGUCGAUAUUGUCGAGCCGGUCACAAAGUUCACAGCGUCUCUGGCAACGGAGGCCUACGUGGGGAAGAUCUACAACUGCGGCCUCGAAGAUUGGACGCCGGAAACGAGUUACGAUCUCAUCUGGAAUCAGUGGUGCGUGGGGCAAAUUCGCGACGACCAGCUCGUGGAGUACCUCAAGCGCAUCACCGCACAUUUGAAUCCAGGUGGUUGGAUCAUUGUGAAAGAGAACAUCACCAACAAUAUUCUCGGCGAGAAUGAAUACGAUGAGACGGAUAGCUCGGUCACGAGGACGGAUCUUCACUUCAGACAAAUCUGGGAUCGUGCGGAUCUUCGACUUGUCAGCACCGAGCUUCAAAAAGGUUUCCCAAAGAUCCUGUACCCUGUGCGAAGCUACGCUUUGCAGCCAAAGAAGUAAAAUGGCGCUAGGAGGAAGAUGCGGAAGAUAUACCUCGCAGCGCGCCCAAGAAAGGCAUUUCAUUAAAAGGAUGAUCGAAGGGGCAGCCAUCCAGCAUUCUAGAUACCAUCUAGAUACAGACCCUGCGUCGAGAAGAGCCCGCUGAAGUAUCCUAUCUCUGGUCAUGGGAACUGCAAUGCCAAUGGCGGCAAUGUCCCUACUUACCUACUGACUUCGAAAGAGAUUUGACUACAUGUAUAUCAGAGCGAUGACAGUAGGGAUUGAAAUAGACGAGAAGUACCUGCAUGGAGUGCCCUGUCUGUUAAGUCAGAUUAGGAGUUGCCCGUUGACAAAAACAGGAGCUUCCCGUAGAGUCCAACGGGUGGUAUGUUCUCGUCGGCGCACUCUUCAUGUCUUCGUACUGAUCAGCGCCAGGCGACGUUGACAGCGCUGUAGCGGAAAACAUGGCCGAAUCCCAGGACUUCAUCAUGGGAAGAAGACAACACGAUCCGCGCAAUCCACAGCUUCGAAAUAGCGACUUUCAUGUCUCUCUGGCUUGUGCUCACGCAGCGGCUCAUAAGCAUUACUGGAUGCCGUGCGGAACCAGAAACGACUCGCCAAUCAUGUCCUUCUUCAGGGGAACAUCUGGCGAACGUUGAGAUUGAUACGCUUCCCCGCCAUCCAGCCUCUCCACUGUUCAUACUGUGGCGUGUUUUCGGUGGCCGGCCAGCCAGCGAUCCCAGCUGGACAAGUCUCUCGUAGCACCUUCGGCACACCGUGCCAAGCAUAUCUGCUUGCGCCGCUCAUGAGAACGGCAUCGCCGGAGCGCAACAGAAUCGCAGCGGGUUCAUGGUCUUCAAGGCCAACAAUGAAAACUGCACUGCAUCCAAUAGAUAUGCUGACGAGAGGCUGGUCGCACUCUUCGCUGACAUCGCGAUGCAGACUUAGCGUGUCGCCUGGCGAGUAUAGGUUCAGGAUAGCUGCUUCGGCAUUCAUAGGGAAUACGCUCUCGAUCAGAUUCUUGAGAUCUGACGGGAAUGCCGGUGGUUGACCUCGCGGAUAGACUUUGUUGGUCCAAUCGUACUGGCCUCCUAAUGUGACCCAGCGAAGUUUCUUGUUCAGGAAUUGCCGGUGGUUGAAAGGUUUGUGAACAGUAGGAUCGAGGGGCUCAAAGAUGUCGUUGGCCGUGGAGGGGUCGAAGAAAGAUACGGGAUGUCCUGAGCCAUUCCUCGGGUAGGUCACAUGGUGGAAGAGGUGCACAUUGGUGUUGUGACUGGAGUCCGAGAGAUCGCGAUGGAGGGUGCGGUCAAGGAUACCGAGCUGCACGUCCGACGGUAGUAGAGACGGAUAGAUAUAUAGACCUACCUACCUUGUUCAGAGUUGAGAGAGAGGCAAACAGAGAGCGUGUGUAGGUAGGUAUAUGUGUAGCUGUCUUACCAGGUAUCGUUGGCACUUCGUAGAUUGGCUGCCUGGGCGUGCUUUUCGUUUGGAUCUCGUCGUCUACACAGACGCGACCGAGAAAGGUGUCGUGGAUAUCGUGCAGGUUCGCGGGCAGUUGUACAUCACCAUCCCCUGAGAGCCUGAUGGCGCUGCAUUCGCCCCCUUCACGGCCAAUCUGUAUGAGAUUGGAGUCUUUCUCCAACACAUUUUCUGGUAGGGACACCUUCUGGUAGUGCUUGUACAACGCUCG